CAACGGUUAGAAGAUUUGAAAAUUGAAAAGCAAAGUGAAAUCCAAUCCAUGCUGAAAAAAAGCACACGGCGCACCGCUCCUUGAAAAAGAUGCCAUACCAAAGCUCUUAAAAGCAGUAUGUUAACUCAUGACCCAUUCUUAUCAUUUCCUGCUCUGCUCUCACGUCUCACCUCCAGUUCUCCCGACUCCUAACUUAUAUAGCUUUUUGCACCAUUGCAGCCCAAAAGAAAGAGGCUGAAAAAUGAUAAAAGCUGUGAAGAAGCUCAAGUUUUGGUCAAGAAAGAAGAGAAAAAAGAAAACUCUCCACCACCAACCCUAUUAUCCUCCUCCACCACCAACACGGCCAGCACCGCUGCCACCCGGACCCAGGCAUCAUUGCUGCUCAUGCUCAUCGUCCACCUACUCAACUCAGCCCUCAGCUCCACCCUUACCUCCAUGGCUGGAUGCCGAGUACACCCAUGAGGCUCUUUUGGCACCUCAAGUCCAACCUGCCCCAGAAUUUGGCUACCAAGCAGAUCCAAGACAACAAGAACCUACUAUGAAAACCAAUGCAGACAGUGGCACCACCAGCACCAGCAGUCCACUGUAUCUCUAUCCAACCUCAUCUUAUCAGCAAUACAUGGUUCCAGAUCCUGUGUAUGGAGUACCAAUUGCACAAACACAAACACAAACACAAACACAAACACCAAGAGCCACAACAAGGGAGAGAUCCGCUGCUGGGGGGGUCUUCGGUUGUGUUGUUGACUUUGGCAUCCGUUUCUUUCGUUGUUUCUGUCCCUGUUUUCACAUUGAGAAGUAGUCCUCCAGUAAUAUGAUAUAUCAGUUGCAUUGUAUGAGACAUAUAGGCGUUUCUCAGUGGAAUAUAAUGUUAAUUUCUGGUACAGAUUGAUUAUAAUAAAAAUGUAUAUUUAUAUAUACCGAUGUGUCUAGUUUCUGGUACAGAUUGAGGAAUAAUCCCCUGUUAUCCGGAGUUGAGUUUAGUUUCAAAUGAAAAUUCAGCUGUACCAGAAAGGAGGAGGUCACUUCUUUACCUUGCACUCAAGCUGAACCUCAGCAACCCUCCGAACUGUUAUCUUGUAAUUGUGAAAAGGGCAGGUCAAGUUCUUCCCUUGGUUUUGUAGCAUCUUUAAGUUUCUCCUGCCACACAAAACAUGAGAGAAGAGAUACCAUCUCCUCCA